GCCCACUGAUUAGAAGACAGACUGGAGUCGACUGGAGUUAUAUCUUAUUAUCUUAUAACUUAUAAGCCACUAGUUUCAUGAUUCAUCUUUCAUCUUUCAUCUUUCAUCACCACUCUACUCAUCAUACACUGAUUCUUGAUUAUUUUGUACUGAAGUAAGAAGAAACGUCCAAGAAUUAAACACUUCUGCUACUUCUACUGCUGUCACUCUCCCCACCUUUCAAUCAUACACAUAACCAAAACCUCAUCCAUCUUCUCCACCUCUUUCAUCCAUGGAAGAUUCAAAGCUUGCUCUUCUAUUUACUGGGUUUUUAUUGCCUGUGUUGGUAGCUUCGGUAGGGAUAAACUAUGGACAGAUCGCUAACAAUCUUCCUUCACCGGAGCAUGUGGUUCCGUUGGUAAAAGCCAUUGGUGCCACUAGGGUGAAGCUCUAUGAUGCUGAUCCUAAGGUGCUGAAAGCUUUUGCAAACACUGGAGUUGAGUUUAUUGUGGGGUUAGGUAAUGAGUACCUUUCGAAGAUGACAGAUCCAGCUAAUGCUCAAGCUUGGGUGAAGGCUAAUGUUCAGUGUUACCUCCCGGCGACUAAAAUCACCUCCAUUGCUGUCGGAAAUGAAGUAUUGACAUUCAAUGAUACUUCUCUGUCUGGAUGCUUGCUUCCGGCGAUGCAGAGUGUACAUACUGCUCUUGUGAAUCUGAAAUUAGACAGUCAGGUUACUGUUACCACUGCACAUUCUGUUGCUAUUCUUCAAUCUUCGUAUCCGCCGUCGACGGGAGCUUUCCGGCAAGAUCUGAAAGGAUGUAUCGCUCCGAUCUUAGAUUUCCUCUCGAAAACGUGCUCUCCAUUCCUCAUCAAUGCUUAUCCGUUCUUCGCGUACAAAGCUGAUCCGAAGCAAGUUUCGCUUGAUUUCGUUCUGUUUCAACCUAAUGCUGGAAUCGUUGAUCCAGGUACCAAAUUGCAUUACGAUAACAUGUUGUUCGCACAGAUCGAUGCGGUCUACGCCGCUCUAUCAUCGCUAGGUUACAAGAAGCUCCCGGUUCAGAUCUCGGAGACUGGAUGGCCGUCGAAAGGAGACGAAGAUGAAAUUGGAGCGUCACCGGAAAACGCGAAAAAGUACAACGGAAACCUCUUGAAGCUAAUCAAUCAGAAGAAAGGAACUCCGGCGAGACCUAAUUCCGAUUUAAACAUCUUCGUGUUUGCUAUGUUCAACGAGAACAUGAAACCUGGACCGACAUCGGAAAGGAACUACGGUUUAUUUAAACCCGACGGAACUCCGUCGUAUGGUUUAGGAUUCUCCGGAAUCGCGGUUUCCAGUGGCAAUUCUACAAGCACAGGUAGUGGUAGUAGUAGUAGCAGCAGCUCAGGAACGAAUGGACCUUCGAUAUAUUUAUCGCCGCCGGCGAACUCAUCGAGUGGAUACCUGGCUAUUUCGUCGUCGACGGAAAGAUUUAUUUGGAGCACGUGGGCAAUGUUGGGCAUGGGGUUCAUUUCAAUGGCAGUGUAUUGAGAGAAGGAGAUAACGUAACGUAAUCGUAAUGUAUGUGGUGGUGUUGUUUUGUAGUUUGGAAAUUCUUUAAUUAAAUCUUAUUCUUAUUAAUUAUGGCGUCAUCGUAUAUUUUAGAGGUGUUUUUUUGUUGUUGUUGCUGCAUGCUGAUUCUUGGACACGACAGAUCUCGAUUACUUUUGUAUUGGGAGUCUCAAAAGACACCAAACUUUCACCGAAAGAUAAAAAUGAUGCAAACCUUACUAUUUUUAAAAAAUAAAUUUAAGACGUUCAAACUAUUAAGCUUCCAUUAAGUUUAUAGUACAGAUAACGAAGUCAAUCAUAUCUCAUUCUUUAAUUCCCGUCUUAUUCACAAAUUCAAAAACUUACAAAAAUAGAAAUUGUUUUCCCACGUGGUAUUAUCUCUAGCUAAACCAACAAUUCACAAUUCCCUCUUUAUCUCAUUUUUGCUGCGCUGCUCCUACUUUUCUCAUCUUCUCUAUCCUUUCUUUCUUUCCUUCUUGAGACUACGACAACUAGAAAGGUUAAGAACAACAGGUUCUGUUUUUUAUUAUUCGAUUUCUUGUGUUCCAACAACAUAAACAUAUAUUAUGGUCUGGUAUGUCAAGAAGAACAAGUUGUUGUUUUCUGAUUUUGUGUUUUUCCAACAACAAACAAAAGAUUUUGAUUUUUUUUGCAGAUCUUGAUUUUCUACAUUCCAACAACAUGAAUGGAUCUGGGAUAGAUAUGUCAAGAAGAACAUGUUCAUAUUUUUUAUUUUAGGUUUUUUUCUACAAGAAACUAAACAAUUCUGAUUUUUUUGCAGAUCUUGAUUUUUCUUUUACAGGUUUUUUGGUUGUUCUUUAUGGAGCUGGAAGGUCUAAAGUUUUAUGUUAAUCUUCAGUUUUAACCGAUAAAGUUGGAGUAGCUACCGUCAAUAAAAUAAAGUCAUAUGCCAAAACAUAGUGGUCAAAACUCAGUGAUUUGCAUUUUUGUUUGACCACUACUUGGGAUGUGCUGGGAUGUGUUGAAGCAUAUGAGUAAAAAUGUAGAAGCAACUAGAAAGGAAGAAUUUAUAAAGAGGAAAGAAGCUGUAAAACGUAGCAAUGAGAUUUAUAAAAAGAAUGAAGAACAUAUCCAGUUGAAUGGUGUGGAAGUGUUGGGAUUAGGAAAGUAUGUUGAAGAGAUGAAGUCAAAAGUGAAGGAACUCGAUUCAAUUUUUAGUAUAUUGAAAACACAUGCUCUCUGUUUAACAUAUUUCUAUAUUUCUAUGUCAAGGUAC